UUCCCCCACUCGCGCUCUUUCCGCCCCCCACACCCCCGCCUCCACCCCUCCUCCCUCCGCCUCCCCGCUCCGCCGUGCUCCUGUAACUUCCACGUGCUGGGCGCAACCGGUAACGUCUACACGGUUACCAUUUCGCAGCAGCCGUCGUGCACGUGCCCAGACUACGGCAACGGCAACCUGUGCAAGCACGUGCUCUUUGUGCUGCUGCGCGUGCUGCAUGUGGGACGAGGAGGAUCCGCGCGUGUGGCAGCGCUCGUUGCUCUCUACCGAGCUAAACGAGCUUCUGGAUAG